UGUAUAGUUUUCGUGCAGUCCUGCUUCCAAUAAUGUGCAUAUCCAUUUAUCGGCAGCUUCGAAUCCAGUGUUCCUUAGUUGAUUUGAUAAAGAUAUUAUCUUGUGGAUUUCUUGGGCUGAUCCAGUUGAUUGCAAGUUCGUGGAGUGAUCCAUCUUUUCUUGCAAGAAAUCCAUCUUCAGGUAUGCUCUGUAACUUUGUCCCAAACUUAUUUUGCCAUAGCAAUUAUCUCUAUGUGUGCAUAGUUCACUGGGUCAAUCAGUAAUAUCAUACGUGAUAUUACCUUCUAUUCUUUAUGUGCAUAAUUUUGCUCAGUGGACAUCACAAAACAAAUUUCCAUGUAGUGUAGUUUUCAUGACAUUCAUGUCACUCUAUUUGUGCCGCUCUCCAUUUUCACAAUUACCUUUAUUGGUAACAAGAAAAUUACAGCGGUGGAAAUAUUUAUGGCAUCACCAUGAAUUACUUCAUCUUUUUGUCUUUUGCAGCAGUUUGCUUCAUGUUAGACCAGUCCCAUUGUUGCUAAACUUUGUUGUAUUCGUACCUUAAUAAUUUGACUUCUUCAUGCAUGUUUUCCAACAAUACACAACUCUUUGUUGUGGUCGUUUGGUUUUACAAUGAAACCAGUGUUUUUACCGACAUUUUGAGUUGAGACUUUGCAGUGAGAAAAUGGGCAGGUCAGUUGAAUUAACGCCAGAAAAGAAAGCUGCUAUACUUGCUUAUUCAUCUGUUGGUCUCAGCACCAGAGAGAUAGCCUUUAAGACAGGAUUUAAUCAGUCUACAGUUUCGAGGUUACUGAAAAAAUACAGGGAAAAAGGAAAUGUUGAUCAUGAGAAAGGAAGAGGUUGGAAAAGGGCGUCUACUGCCAAACAGGACAGGAUAUUGAAAAUGCUUUCACUCAGUGAUCGUCGCCUGUCAUCAACUGAACUAAAGCGAGACUGGGAAGAAAUGUGCAACAUCUCAGUAACCAGUAGAAAUGUAAGAAAUAGACUACUGGAGGCUGGAUUCUCAGCCCGUCAUCCUAGAAGGAAGCCUUUAUUGACCAAGAUAAUGUGACAGCAGCGACUACAAUGGGCAAAGGCGACGUGGACACCAGAGAUGUGGAACAAAGUAACCUUUUCAGACGAGUCCAAAUUUAAUCUGCAUGGCUCAGAUGGAAAAGUGUUUGUGCAGUCAAGAAAAGGUGAAGAAUAAUUGCCAUCAUGCAUAACACAUACAUUCAAACACCCACAAGAAGAGAUGGUCUGGGGGUGCAUUUCCAGUCACGGAGUAGGUCAUCUGGACUUCACCAAUGGCACUGUCAACACAGAUGUGUACAUAAGCAUCCUUGAGAGGAAGCUUAUGCCAACAAUUAGAGACAAGUUUGGAGAUAUUUCCAAUUGCAUUUUUCAGGGUGACUCCGCUCCUUGCCAUAGAGCUUCGAAGGCAAAAUCUUUCCUUCGACAAAAUGGGGUUUGAGUAUUAGAGUGGCCUGGAAACAGCAAUGUUCUCAAUCCUAUUGAGAACUGUUGGAAGGUUAUGGGAAAUGCUAUCACCAAAAAGAAGCCAUGGAAUAAAUGGGAGCUGUUGGAGACCCUUGUGUGUGUGUGUGUGUGUGUGUGUGUGUGUGUGUGUG